UCCCAUCCGAAAUCUCCCACUUAUCCAAACUAGUUUCACUUGAUCUCUCUGGGAAUAUUGACAUGAGAAUAGAAACGCCUAAUUUGAAGCAGCUUAUUCAAAACCUAACCCAUCUAACUGAACUUGUUUUAUAUGGGAUUGAUAUGUCUUCUGUUUCAACUAAUUGUCUCACGAACUUGUCGUCUUCUUUAACAUCUCUUCGUCUUAAUCAUUGCCAAUUGAAAGGGAAAUUUCCAGAUAAUAUAUUCCGCCUUCCAAACCUCCAGAAACUCCGUGUAGGUCACAACUACAAUCUCACUGGUUCCCUUCCAACGUAUAAUUGGAGUACUCCUCUCAAGGCCUUGUAUCUCACUGAAACUGAAUUCUCUAUUGACUUACCUUAUUUAAUCAGCAACCUCAUGUCCUUAAAAGAAUUAUUUGUCGGUGGAUGCAAUUUCAUAGGUUCAUCAUAUCCAACAUUUCUUUCAAAUCUCACACAAAUAACUGAUUUGGACCUUUCACAUGGUAACUUUGGUGGUCAGUGUCCAUGGUCCCUCCUAAACAAUACAGGACUGACUUACUUAGAUCUCUCUUACAACAAUUUCAUAGGGCAACUUCCGGAAGUUACGACAAAAUUGACCCAAAUUUUCUCUUCAAAUAAUUCAUCUAGUAGUCAACUAGUCAACAAGAUUCCUUCCAAUCUAAAAUAUCUCUUAUUAUCUGGUAACUUACUGAAUGGGACAAUACCAUCUUGGGUGUAUACAAUACCAUCUUUACAUUACUUACGUCUUGAUCAUAACAAAUUCACUGGGCAUAUUGGUGAAUUUCAGCAUAACUCAUUGGUUUCUCUAAAUGUUUCCUUCAAUAAUUUUAGUGGCAAUGUGGAGUCAAAAAUAUUCUCAAAGCUCAAAAGUCUUCAAUCUCUUGAUAUGUCAAACAAUCCUCACCUAUCACUACACUCCUUCACAUCUGCCACCAAUAUUUUGUCCAAAAUUCACUCAUUACAAUUGUCUUCUUCCAACAUAACCGAAAUUCCACAGUUUUUAGGAACUGCAGAAUAUAUAGCAUACUUAGACCUUUCCAACAACCAUAUCAAAGGCAAUAUUCCAUCCUGGGUAAUGGAGGUGGGGAAGGAUUCAUUGUAUUACUUUUCAGUCUCAAGGAAUAAUUUAACUGGACACAUCCCUUCCUUGAUUUGCAAUCUCCGUUCCCUCAAAUUCCUUGAUUUCUCUUAUAAUCACUUGAAUAACGUGAUUCCUCCAUGUUUGGGAAACUUCAGUGAUAAUCUCAUAGACUUGAAUUUACAAAGUAAUAAUCUUAAUGGCACUAUCCCAACAACAUUUGCAAAGGGAUGUCACUUGAGAAGUCUGAAACUCAAUGGGAACCAACUGGAAGGGGCAUUGCCACGAUCAUUGGUCCAUUGUAGAAAGUUGGAAAUUCUAGAUUUUGGUAACAACAAGAUUAUUGGCACCUUUCCUUGUUGGUUGGAAACUCUUCUAGAGUUGCGGGUUCUUAUCUUGCGAUCAAACAACUUUCAUGGUGCCAUAGGCAAUCCCAAGACCAAAUUCCCAUUCCCUAAUUUGCGAAUCAUAGACCUCUCUCACAACGAGUUUCAUGGUCUUUUGCCAACAAACUUUUUCAUGUAUUUAAAAGCGAUGAUGAAUGCGAAUGUAGACAAAGGUGAAUUGAAAUAUAUGGGUGAUAGUUAUUAUCAAGAUUCUGUGACAGUGGUGAUGAAAGGGUAUUCCAUAGAAUUGGUGAAAAUUCAAAGUCUAUUCACAACCAUUGAUUUCUCCAACAAUAAUUUCAAAGGAGAAAUUCCAGAGGUAAUUGGAGAGCUUCGAUCAUUGAAGGGGCUUAAUUUCUCACACAAUAAUCUUAUAGGUUGUAUGCCUCAAUCGUUGGGAAAUUUAACCAAUCUUGAAUGGUUAGAUCUCUCCUCAAACAAGCUCACGGGUGAAAUUCCUAUGCAAUUGGCAGAUCUCACAAUGCUAGCAUUUUUAAACCUAUCAGAAAAUUAUCUUUCUGGACAUAUACCCCAAGGUAAACAAUUCAAUACCUUUAUGAAUGAUUCUUACGUUGGGAACCUUGGGUUAUGUGGAUUUCCAAUGACAAAAGCUUGUGGCAAUGAUGAGGGACAACAACCAUCGCCAUCAUCAACCAUUCAAGAAGAUGAUUUCAAAUUUGAUAAUGGGUUUCAUUGGAAAGUUGUAUUGUUGGGGUAUGGCUGUGGAUUCAUGUUUGGAUUGGGUUUGGGUUAUCUUGUGUUCUCAAGUGGAAAACCGAAAUGGCUAGUGAAUAUUGUUUACGGAGGAAGACAUAGCAAGUUGCAAAGAUCCUAGAAGAAUGCUCAUGGACAAACUCAUUGAAGAAGAAUUUAGUGGAUAAAAAUACUGAUUCUAGGCUGGUGGCCCUUUCUAUCUCUCUAACAGGAUGGAGGGAUAGCAUUCAUUCAUAGUUUAGAUCACUGGCCGACAUUCCAUGACCAGUGUUGUGGUGCUUCGAUCCUUUUUGAUGACAACAAUUGUAAUAAAAACCAUUUCAGACCUUGAGGGUUUCAAUAAAAUUGAUUUCAUCAAGGAGGAGCUUGAAAAGGCUUGUCCAGGGGUAGUUUCAUACGUUGAUAUUGUUUCUAUUGCCACAAGAGAUGGCAUUAUGCUGGAAGAAGAAGAAGAAGAAGAAGAAAGAAAGAAAAGAGAAAUACUUUUCUUAUUCCAAAUUCUGUUAAACUGACAGUAAAGAACAACUCUUGGAAAGUUUGAUGAUGUGCUUGGGCCCAGAUGCCACUGUUUGCCUUGGGUUUUGGGACAACAGUUAGCUGGCCACCUCAUUGCGCGUGCAGCAGCUGGAUGUUUGAUGUGAAACAAAGACAAAAGUUAUUAGUGCAAGUGUUCCGAAGUUGGUGUUGGAUUCUGUUUUUGAACAAAAGAAUGAGAUUGUGAUAGCCGUGGAAGAGGAACUUGAAAGGCCAUGUCAGCUUAUGGAUUUGAGAUUGUUCAAAUAGUCAUUGUGGACACUGAACCUGAUGAACAUGUGAAGAAGGCUAUGAGCGAGAUAAAUGCCGGCUUGUGGCCCCUUUCUAUCCAGUGUUAACAGGCUGAGCAUUCAUUCAUACCUCAACAAAGCACUGGCUGAGAUUCCAUGACCGGAUGAUUAUAUUAUACAAACACUUUACCUUUUUGGCAUUAGAGGUUUUGAUGAAAGAGAAAUAGUCUAUCUUUUAGGUGCACACAAAAUUGGGAAGAUUGGCUGUGAGUUCAUACACAAACACCUUUAUGACUGCAAGGGUACAGGGCAGCUUGACCCAACCAUAGCUUCUGAUUUCCUCACUGACAUGAGAAUGAGGUGCCAAGACAGUAAUAGGACCACCACUCAACCUUCUUCUUAACCCAUGUAAUCAUUGGAAAUGAGUGAGUCUGCAUGAAUUCACAGCCAGUCAUUAAAAAGAGGAGAAGACCCCUUUUCGCUGAUCAGCAGUAGCUGGCUAAUGAGAAGACCACGAGACUGGUAAGGGCCUAUGCUUCAGAUGACAGAUCAACCAACCGCAAGACUGGACUUUGCAUGGGCAAUGAUGAAGAUGCCAGUGCUUAAUGUUUUGGCUGGAUCUCAAGGCUGGUGGCCCUUUCUAUCUCUCUAACAUGAUGGAGGAGCAGCAUUCAUUCAUAAUUUAGAUCACUGGCUGACAUUCCAUGACCAGAUGAUGAUAAAAAAUUGGUUGUGGUGCUUUGGUCCUUUUUGAUGACAACAAUUGUAAUAAAAACCAUUUCAGACCUUGAGGGUUUUCAAUAAGAUUGAUUUCAUCAAGGAGGAGCUUGAAAAGGCUUGUCCAGGGGUAGUUUCAUGUGCUGAUAUAGUUUCUAUUGCCACAAGAGAUGGCAUUAUGCUAGUCUAUUCUUGAUCCUUAAUCUUCCUAUUCUCUCUCUUUAAAGAUAUUUUUAUUAAUAUCUAGAGUCCUUUAGAAACACUUUAAGGUUUAGGAUUUGAUGAUUGUUUGUGGACAAUGAUUCUUGAAUGAAACUUGGGUAAAAUGUAAGAAACAGACUUCAAAAGAGUUGGUACCUCUUUACAUUUUUUUAUGUUGAGAGGAGUCCAUAAAGUACAUAUUAGUUGUGGGGAAAGAUUAGAAAGUUAAUGAAUUGAGAAUGUGUUCAUAGUGAAUUUUGCCGUUUUGGUUUCCACAAAUUGUUAGUCACCUUUAAUUAGCCAACUAUUUGUUUCAGGCACUUUUUUAUUAUGGUUUUUCAAGUCGAAAACUUCAAAAAAUUCAAAAAAAAAAAAAAAAAAAAAAAGGAAAAGAAGAAGAAAAAGAAAGAAAGAAAAGAGAAAUACUUUUCUUCUUCCAAAUUCUAUUAAACUAAUAGUAAAGAAUAGCUCUUGGGAAGUCUGAUGAUGUGCUUAGGCCCAAAUGCAGUUAGCUGGCCACCUUUCAUUGCGUGUGUAGCAGCUGGAUGUUUGAUGUGAAACAAAGACAACAGUUUUGUUGCAUAUUUGUUUUUGCCUUGAUUUCUCAUUUCUCAUUUCUUUUUCUUCUUAGGAAUUUAGCUGGAACAUGCUUAUAAACUAUUGUGUUGUAUGAUAGCCACAUAGUAUCAUUAGGUCCUAGAGGGAUUUAAUUUUUUUGAAUUAGUAAUAGUGUGAAAAAAAGAUUCAUAUACUUUGGAAAUUAUAUGGGAACACAAAGGUAGCAUUUUAAAUUUACAUUUUACAAUAUUUGUCUGUUUUGUAGCAAUCAGAGAGAGUAAAACAUUCAAUUUGUCUCAGUAUAAAUGUCUUUACUUCUUUUCUGGGUUUGAAGCAAGGGAACCCAAAACUGACCAACUAGUUGUUUCAGACACUUUUUAGUUAAGGUUUUUCAAAUCUAAAAUGUCAAAAAAUUAAAAAAUAAAUAAAUGAAAUACUUUUCUUAUUCUAAUUUCUGUUAAACUGACAAUCAAGAACAGCUCUAUAUUGAUAACUCUUUUUAUUGGAGUUCUCUGAUGUAAACUACUAUACAUGACAUCACAAGCUAGGCAGCAUUCUUUCAUAUUUCAACAGGCACCUAAUCUUAGGCGUCUUGGCCUCUUUGAUCAUCUGAGGGUACACAGAAAACUGGGAAGAUUGGCUAUGAAUUCAUACAGAAACACCUCUCUGACUUCAAGGGGACAGGGCAGCCAAACCCAACUAUAACUCCUGAUUUCCUCACUGAGAAGAGAAUGAGGUGCCAAGACAGUAAUAGGACCACCACUCAGCCUUCUUCUUCAUCCAUGGCUUCAUUGGAAAUUAGUGAAUCUGCAAUGGGGGAUGUCAUAUUUGCAGGCUUUGUCAUCUUCAAUAUCAUCUGGGGUGAUGUUGAAGAUGUCAGGUCUUAAUGUUCUGACUAGAUCUCAAGGUCUAGUCCAACGAAACUGCUCCUUGGCCUUGGUUAGUUUCUAAGUGUCAGUCUGGCCAUAAUGAACUCUUGAGAUCUCUGUUCUUUCAUAUUAGUUUUUCAUAUCUUCUAUGUUUGAUUGUAGAUGCUAUGACUUCUAAAUUUCUUAUCUGUGCUAAUUUUUGAGUCUAUAUAUAAAGGCAAUGGCACAGAGUGUAGAGUCUGUAGACAUUAGUUGAUGCUUUUGGUUGGUAUGUCUGUGUUUUAGUUGGUAUGGCAUAGAGUGUAGACAUUUGUUGAAGCAGCUCAAAGAUACUGUUGGGAAAGGCUGGUUUGACUUACCUGCACAAACCAUCACCCCAAAGAUUCAAAAAGAUCUGCGUUUACUGAAGGUGUGGUGAACUCUAUUUUUUUCCAUGGUUGCUGAUCUUCUUCAUGCCUUGUGUAACUUGUAAGCAGCAUCCUUAGGCUCUCUGUAACUUGUAAGCAACAUCCUUAGUGAGAGGGAUUUACCCUGCACCAUAUGAAGAUGAUUUUCCAGGGAUAUAAAUUUUAUCUUUGAGAAGUGCCAUUGAUCUGAAGAGGCACUACAAGAAGGGUGAUUCAAAAUCCAAAACAUUGCCAAGUAUUUCCUGAUCGGGACGGUGAUAGAGUCAGCGUCAGACUUCUUCACAAGUAGACUAACAAGGAAAGAGAGAAAAAGAACAAUUGCAACUAAGUUGUUAUCUGAUUGUACCCUUGUUGAUUACAGGAAGCACAAGGUUCGAGAGAUAGAAGAAAAGAAUCAACUAGGGGGGAAUGAGAAAUGGAAGAUAAAAGGUCAGCAGUCGCAGAAGCGUGCAAAGCAAAGAAGGCACUGAAAUAUCUUCACCAUUUUUUAUCAGAUAUUUCGACAUUUAUAGAGCACAUUGGAAAGAGUAUAGUAUCAAGAUCAACCCAGAGAAAUAUUUGAUAAACUAUGAUAAUUUUACCUUGUGACAUGAGAAACAGAAUCCACUGAACUGAUUUAUAAUUCAUAGCUAUAUUCACACGUGCCGUUUCUCUUUGAUGUUGGCUCCUUCCCAUAGUUUUCAUUAUAGAGUUGAUCAUUUUUGUUGUAAUGUAUAAACGCAUGCUCCAGGAAAUAUUAUUUAUUGAUGGGAAUUUUGGUUA